UUCUCGGGUGGAACUUCCUAGGGGGAGGGGCAGGGUCCAGCGCCCAGAGGCCGGGCUCCCAGAACAGCUCCCCGUGAUGCUGCUGCUGUGGGUGGCGGUGGUCGCAGUCUCGGCGCUGGCAACAACAGCUCCUGGGGCAGGUGGGCAGAGGCGGGGAGCAGUUCAGGCUUGGCCAGAUGCGCCUAACGUGGUGCUAGUCGUGAGCGACUCCUUUGAUGGAAGGCUAACAUUUUAUCCAGGAAGUCAGGUAGUGAAACUUCCUUUUAUCAACUUCAUGAAAGCACACGGCACUUCCUUUCUGAAUGCCUACACAAACUCUCCGAUCUGCUGCCCGUCGCGCGCAGCAAUGUGGAGUGGCCUCUUCACUCACUUAACAGAAUCUUGGAAUAACUUUAAGGGCUUAGAUCCAAAUUAUACAACAUGGAUGGAUGUCAUGGAGAAGCAUGGCUACCGAACACAAAAAUUUGGAAAACUGGACUAUACUUCAGGACAUCACUCCAUCAGCAAUCGUGUGGAAGCCUGGACAAGAGAUGUUGCUUUCUUACUCAGACAAGAAGGCCGGCCUAUGGUUAACCUUGUCCCUAAAAAGACUAAAGUAAGAGUGAUGGAAGGGGACUGGAAGAAUACAGAUAGAGCAGUAAAUUGGUUAAGAAAGGAAGCAAUUAAUUACACUCAACCAUUUGUUCUGUACUUGGGAUUAAAUUUGCCACACCCAUAUCCUUCACCAUCUUCAGGAGAAAAUUUUGGAUCUUCAACAUUUCACACAUCUCUUUAUUGGCUUAGAAAAGUGUCCUAUGAUGCCAUCAAAAUCCCAAAGUGGUCACCUCUGUCAGAAAUGCACCCUAUAGAUUAUUACUCUUCUUAUACCAAAAACUGCACUGGGAAGUUUACAGAAAAAGAAAUAAAGGAUAUUAGAGCAUUUUAUUACGCUAUGUGUGCUGAGACAGAUGCUAUGCUUGGUGAAAUUAUUUUGGCUCUUCACCAGUUAGAUCUUCUUCAGAAAACUAUUGUCAUAUACACCUCAGACCACGGAGAGCUGGCCAUGGAACAUCGUCAGUUUUAUAAAAUGAGUAUGUAUGAAGCUAGCGCCCAUGUCCCACUCUUGAUCAUGGGACCGGGAAUUAAGACCAACCUACAAGUAUCAAAUGUGGUUUCUCUUGUGGAUGUUUACCCUACUAUGCUUGAUAUUGCUGGAAUUCCUCUGCCUCAGAACCUGAGUGGAUACUCUCUGCUGCCAUUAUCAUCAGAAAUAUUUAAGAAUGAACAAAAAUUCAAAAACCUACAUCCGCCCUGGAUUCUGAGUGAAUUCCAUGGAUGCAAUGUAAAUGCUUCCGCCUACAUGCUUCGAACUAACCAAUGGAAGUAUAUAGCCUACUCUGACGGUGCUUCAGUAUUGCCUCAACUCUUUGAUGUGAAAACCCCCCACCAAAUGGAAGAUGUUAUAACUACUUGAUGGCCAUGAGCACAUAGCCCCAGGCCUCCUGGAGCCUAAGGACUGAUCAAGUUAACCCCUGUGAUACCACCCUGUUCCCUCAUCAGCCAAUCAGAGAACUGUGCAUGAUCCGAUCACGUACCCUGCGAGCCCCCUCCCUCAACCUGGCUUUUAAAAAUGCUUUGCCGAAACUCUUCAGGGAGCUCAGGGGGUUUUAGGGCAUGAGCCACCCAGUAAACCUUUCUCUGCUCCAAACUGCGACAUUUCAGUGUGUUUAGCCCCACUGUGCAUCAGGCACAUGCACUUGCGUCCUAGGAAGGCCCCAUAGGGUCCUGCUUGGUUACAACUCCCCCCUUUCCUUUGAUACUCCUCAAUCUUGAGGAGAAAAUGUUUUGAACAAGAAAAGGACUAAAGAUUCAGAUAAGGAGGUUAAUCAUAAACUUGACAGAGGUGCCCACAGGGUCCUGCUCGGUUACAUAACUAUUUUGAGAGGUAUUCAAUUU